CAAUGACGUGGUCCCAGGACUUCUGUAAAAGGCUUGGGGGGUCUUAACUAAAGCCUAUAUAAGACAAGGUCUCUGCCCAAGCAAAUACCCUAAGAGAAGAGCUCUCCUUAGAUCUUAGAUCUUUCUGCCCCCUUUUCUUCUCUCAGCUUUGGGAAACAUCCACAAGGUGAGUUUAGCCUUUCAGCCUAGAGAUUUUUUUCCCUGCCAUUUUUUAUUAUUUUUGCAGCCAUUGGCAACAACCAAGCCAUUAAAAAAAAUAGCCACCUGCAUGGAAACUUAUCAAGAUUCUCAGACCAAAGAAGCUAUCAAGCAAUGAGAUUUAUUCUUAUUAUUCUUAUUACCACAAAUAUUUUUUGUUUUGCUUGUUUUUGGCGUUUGUGCAAACUGGGGGGGGGGGAGAGACAAUGAUCAGAGAAGAGCAAAUUAAUCUCCUUCAUGACCAUCCUGAUGGGGGGAAAAACACAACCUGAGUGGACAACAGAAUUUUGUUUAAAAAAUAAAAAUUUAUUUUUUUUGACGAAGGAACUCUGCUCGCUGGUUUUGAAUGGCAGCUCCUUUGCCUUGGACUGUAAUCAUUGCUUUUGCUGCUGCUGCUGCUAUAUCCUAGCAAUACAAGGAGAGCUCAUGCCGCUACCCCAUCUGGUGGCUGAAGAACAACUUGAGCUCUGGCAGCUAGAGCCGACUACUCUUGAGACCUCCUGCACCUAGUUAUCUCUGCUUGAAAAUGCUAUUCGGAUCUCUCUCUGAAACCCUGGAUGGCUGCUGCCAGCCAGAGUAGACAAUGCUGAGCUACAAAGGCCCAUGGUCUGACUCCGUUUAAGGCAGCCUCCCAUGUCCCUAUGGCCCUCAUAACUUUCCUUUCUGUCUUUAACCUCAGCUAACUAUUUCUCCCUCCUCCCCCUAUAGCUUUGAUAAUGGCUUUCGCCGGUAUCCUGGCUGAUGCGGACAUUGAAGCUGCCCUGAAAAGCUGCCAAGGUAAUUUCUAUCUUUAAAAGUAUUUGGUUUCCCUACCCUCAGGCAAACAAUAUAUUUUAAAGAAAUCUGUAACUUUCUCCCUGCUCUUCCAUUCUCCAUUCCUGGACUUGAUUGUGCAGCGCUAGUGGAAAAACAGACACUUUUCUAAAAUACGCUUUCCUAAAAAUGCAAAGCAAAACAAACAAACAAACAAACAAUCCUUCCCAAAAAGUUAUUUUUCCCCCUCAAAGCAGACAAAAUAACUUAACCAGCUAUUGAAACACAGCCAAGCCACAACGUUUUGUAAAUUAGAAAUUGUGUGUCUAUGAACUGAAGGAAUUCUAUCCAAAAUAAUUUCAGCAGUGAGCUUGUCACGACCAAUAAUUGUGAGUUGUCUGCACCUCAUAAAGAAGACAGACUUAAGACAGAGAUGUAGAAUAUUUAAACAAACAAAAAACAAACAAAAUCUGUUUCUAAAAGUGUACAUCUGGCUUUUCAGUUAGAUACUUGUACAGGUAGUACUUGUACAGAUGGCAGAUCACACAGGCAAAGAAGCUUAUACAAAACUAGGUUAGCCCUGGGUGAGGAUAAUUUUUUUGAAAUAUGGGGCUGUAUCCAAUGUGAUUAAUAUCUGAUAUAUCAAAUUCACAGUCCGCCUUCUUUGUGUAUAUUAACUACCACAAAGAGGAGGUGUGUCCUCUGCUUCCCCCAACAUUCAUUUUAUAUGUAAUUGGUUAACAUUUGUGCUAACCCUGAAUGGCAACUGUGAUAACACUAUUUGUAAUAAUUGCAGAUACAAAAAAAAAAAAUGUUGUUGUUGUGCUUAGUGGGCAAUAUAAUAAUAAUAAUAAUAAUUGGCUAUAAGUGCAAAGAGCAAUACAACCAGCGGAUGUAUUACAGUAUAGCCACCCUCUUUGCUGCUAUUGUUUGGAAUCUUAAUAGAAAAAAAAAACCUGAUUUCAAAGGCCCAAUGUGUUAUUUGUGGGCAUGGCUGUGGGAGAAUGGUGGGUGCCGCCCAAAAAUGAUUCGGAAGUUUUGCAGAAAAAAACAGCAAAGCAGCCUUCUUUUUCUUUUGGUUUCUGUUGGGUGAGCAAAAGGAAAUUCUAGAGCUGGGAGCAAAUGGCCUCUUGAAAGUCCCAACCUUGUUUGCCUGCAGAGAAAUUGCAGGAAAAAUUUCACCAAAAUUCUCGGGGUUGGAGGGGGUAGAAAUUCUCUAACAAUUUCUAGCCCCUGGAGUAGCACAAGUUCCUUCCCCACCCCACCCCGCAAGGGGUUUUCCCCACCCCAUUAAGCGGCAACCACAACUGUGUAUCUUGACAUCCUCCUCCCCCUAAAAAUCGCCUGGACAUGGUAUCAUUUCCGGCCAAUGCCAAAGGCUACUGCAGACAACAGAGUUUGGAAACCACAGCAAAGUGUGUAUGUGCAAGACCAACAUGUUGAGUUGGGAUGGAAAGAUCUAUCAGUUUAAGUUCUCUGUUUCUCAUUUACCCUGCCUUAAAUUUAGUUCUCCACAUUUUGCAACAAGCUGAAUAUUUAAAAUAAUAAUAAUAAUAAUGAUAAUAAUAAUAAUAAUCCUGAUUAAAAUUUAUCAGCAUUUAUGUGCAAAUUUCUCUGACCGAACACAUUUUUCUAUGUAGCUUUGACUAAUGUACACAUUUUUUGCAAGCCGUUUCCCCUAAUAUAAUGCAUUUUUAUAUGUUAUUUCCACUGAUGUCUUCGGGGGGUUUUGCACACUUCCUUCUAAUUUAUGCUUUUUUUGCUAACACUGGUUGGAUAACUGCAUUGCAAAAUCCGAAUAAGUGUGAAUUUCGAAGGAUAGCUGCGUUUCGGUUCACAUACCGCUUCGGAAAGUGUGGAUUUGAUAAAUUUGGCUUUAAAUGCCCAUAGAAUCAGAUUUCACCUUCGCCCCUAGUGCCGAGCCUCUCAGAGAGAAUAUUCCCUAAGCUAUAAUUGAACUCUGCAAUCUUAGCAUGAUUUAGAGCCAGAGUCGUCAAACUUUUCAGACCCUGGGCCAAUAGUGCAGUUAGGUAAUUUUAGACUCCGGGUUCAGUGACCUUAUGGGGAGGGAGGGCACUUGUUAGAUGACAGCAUCUGCUACUUCACCAGCCCGGCUGUGUUUGGGGCUUUUCUGGCUCAUUUUGCAUAGUGGGACCCCAGACCUUUGCCCCAAAGUCUUGGCCUGACAGCUCCUCUACCUGGUGGGACUCACCUUAUCUCCAACUUGCAGCAUGGCAUUCACUUCUAUUUGUUUUGAUCUUCUUUAAAUAUAUAUAUAUUUAUAUUUAUGCAUGCAAACAGAACAUUUUUUAACUGCCUCCAUUGCGGGGCAUGAUCUGCUUGUUGGUGCCAAACCAUUAGCUGAAGAUGAUGAUGGGCAUUUCCUGAUUCCUAAAGGAAGUUCUAUGAUUGUCCUUUUUUAGACCUACCCAGUCUGGUUUCGAAAACAAGACCAACUUGUGGGUCUCAGGGCUCCUUUUAGACUGAUAAUUCCCAGCUGCUGAAACCCAACAUGCACAGCUGAAACUAUGUGAAUUUCAAGUUGCAAAUUGCUUUGCAUUUUUGUAUCAGUGCACAUCCAACUUAAAAUGCAACUCUUAUUUACUGUGCCUUUUUGAGAGCCAUGGUAAUUUGAUUUGUCCUGGACCCUUUAUUGAGUCCUAUAAUUGAUUCGAGCAGAAUUGCUACCCCAAAGGCAAACUUCCCUGAAAACAUAUGGUAGGAUGGAAGGCUAAAUAUGACAUUUUUGGGGAGACAAGUUGUCCUCAUUCAUGUACGAUGGUCAGGGGGGGAAAUCUAUUUCCUUUAACUUCUCCCCUCCUUUUUCUUCCAAUAUUUCACCAUCUCUUUUCAUUUUUCUGCUUCAAAAGCUCCCGAUUCCUUCACUUACAAAAGCUUCUUUGAGAAAACGGGUCUAAGCAAAAAAUCUAAGGAAGAACUGGGGAAAGUAUUUGGAGUCCUUGACCAGGACAAGAGCGGAUUCAUUGAGAAAGAAGAACUGCAGUGAGUAGAAGGGGAAGAAAUGCCUUUCCCAGAGACAAUUUUCAGUUUUACAAUCGGUAGUUAACCUGCAUGCCAUUGGGUCAGAUCCAAAUAUGCCCCCUUGUGCAGAAGGCAUCCUAUGUUCAUGAUGAAAGGUGCGCUCCACUUAUGGACAAACUAUUUCAUACCUGACACUAGAUCCAAAAUGAAACUAGAUCCAAAGAAGUUGAUUUACUGGUUCAACAACUUGUGCAACCUUUUACACAAUCAGAAACAGAAGAACAGUUAUAGAGCCUUCCAGUAAUAGCAUAGCACAAAUUCUUAAGCACAUACAGAACAGCACUGGUGACUAGGUAAAUGUCAAGGUAAAGGACCCCUGGACGGUUAAGUCCAGUCAAAGGUGACUGUGGGGUUGCGGUGCUCAUCUUGCUUUCAGGCCGAGGGAGCCAGCGUUUGUCUGCAGACAGCUUUCCAGGUCAUGUGGCCAGCAUGACUAAACCGCUUCUGGCACAACAGGACACUGUGAUGAGUGUCAGAGUGCAUGGAAACAGAGUUUACUUUCCCACCGCAGCAGUACCUACUUAUUUAUCUACUUGCACUGGUAUGCUUUCGAACUGCUAGGUCAGCAGGAGCUAGCACAGAGCAAUAGGAGCUCACCUCACCACACAGAUUCGAACUGCCAAACAUCCGAUCAGCAAGCCCAAGAGGCUCAGUGGUUUAGACCACAGCACCACCUGUGUCCCUGUAGCAUUGGUGACUAUUGCCCUUUCAUUCACAGUUCUCCGAAACCAACCCAUUGAGCAUAAAUGUUCCUCAAAGUGGAGAUGUAUGCAAAUAGUUCAGACAAGUCUCUCUCUCUCUCUCUCUCUCUCUCACACACACACACACACACAAAUAAUACUUUAGGCACAAUCCAGCCCAAGUUAAGUACUUUUAAGUUUAAUUGAUAUCAGUUGAAAAAGUACGAGUCACAUAAAUACACUGUUUGGGAUAUGCAUGUUUUAAAUAAAUAGUAAAUAUAUGUUUACAUCUUUCCCACUAAAAUAAGGAUGCUUUGAAGUGCUUGAUUCUGUCUGCACUGUUCCCUUAGCAUUUGAAAACACUCCAUCGUUAGUGAUCAGAGUGCUACAUAUGCAUUAUUUCAGCACUGUAUUAUUCCUAUACUGUAAUAUGGAAGAUGGUGAUGGGUGGUAUUCAGUGCUAGGCCCACUCAGAGUAGACCCAUUGAAGUUCAUGGACAUGAUUAGCUUAGAGUCAUUAAUUUCAGUGGGUCUGUUCUAUGUGGGGCUUAGCUGAACACAACAACAAUAACAUCGUCAUAAAAACUGUUGUUAUUAUUAACUAUUGCACUCAUACUGAAUGCAGAAUUUAUGUAUAUAUAUUCUAACCACUUAGUCAUUUCUUGAAAUAUAAACUGGUAUACAUGUUAAAUACAUACAUUCAUACAUACAUAUAUACAUACAUACAAUUAACGACAAAGGUGCAAAGGCUCAUGCAUUGCCUGCAGAUAUUCAGCACCAAAGCUAAGACUUGAACUAGGGUUUUUUCAUAGGGUGGUCAUCACAUGUCUUAGAGAACAGUCCUCUGGUUGAAAGGCUGUCUGGUUUAAAGAUAACGAACCCUCCGAAGGGAGAGCAGGAGGGGACUUGAAGUUGUCCAUCAACAGUUAGCAGCAUCUGGAAAGCAGACAGAGCAGACAAACACCUGCUCCUGAUGUGUCUUCCCCACUAGGGUGAGACCUACUGCAUUUUUAUUACAAUUAUCCUAAAGCUACACCUAUACAUAUAAAGAAGCAAAUGCAAAUUUUAUGCUGAUCAGUGCCCUCUUUUCUGAUAAUGCCAUUUCCUCUCUCUUUUUUUGGCCACUUUCAGAGCUUUCCGAAUAUAAGACCCCAGGUGUAACUUAAGUCCCCAGUGGCACCUUUGCCACAUUCCAUACGAAUUACGGAACCAUAUUCAGGGCUCAGAGGUUAAGAAACGUAGCAGAACAAAGAGGCCGACCCAACAGUAGCUGUUUUUGCAUUCCUUAGUACAGUAUCAGCUUCACCUACCUCUCCCAUCAAAUUAAAGCGCAGGGGCUGCGGAGAAUACAGGGGAAUGGAAAUGCAGCGCUUUGAAGCACAGCAAGUGUGUGGAAUUUGUUUUGCAUUUCACCUAGAUUGGCAGCCCAAGUGGCAGAAUGCAGAAGAGAUCUCAAUGGCCUAUGAAAGCUUGAAUAAUAAGAAUGUUUUGGUUGGCGGGACGAUUGGAUGGUGGGUGACUUUUUGGCAUGUGAAAGAAUUUGGGGGGCGCAAUCAGUAACUUAUAUGAAAGGGGUAUUGGAGGUGCGGGAAUGCCAGAGGUUAACAAAUUAUUAUGACUAUUACAAAUAUAUUUCUUCCUGCCCUAUGGCUUUUCUUGACAAGAGGGGAGGCUUUGCAUAGGCUUUUUUCCCCAGCAGAAAGGAAUGCUUCAUGGCGAAUGUUAAUAAAACCACACUGUAGCCUCACUGUAGCUUGCUAACCUAUCACUCAUCAAUCAAUUCUUCUCUGACAGAAAUUUCAUGCAGAAUUUCAAACCAGGCGCCAGAGUGUUGACUGACAAGGAGACCAAUGCUUUCCUGGCAGCAGGUGACACCGAUGGAGAUGGCAAAAUUGGAGUGGAAGGUGGGGAUAAAUUAGCGGAAUGCUGACCUAUUAAUUCACCUGGAUCUGACAUGUAUGCCUUGCUUGUCCUGUUAUCCUUAAUAUAAUAGGGAUAGGGAGUUUAUGACAAUGAACAAAUUAAAAGUGAUCAGGGCUUCUGGAAUUUUCUUCCGAGACAAACUAAAAUCCAAAAACAGAAAGUUCAGGUUCUAUGAUUCUAUCUUGCAAAUUGCCCAGAAUUUGAUUCUUGUUCCUUGUAAAUAUGAUGUACUUCUUUGGUAAAAUGCAAAGGAGGGGAGCAGGGGUCUGUAACCUUCCCCUCUUCCUGGCCCUCAAUCUAGAGUUCCCCUUGAAGAAGGGAGCUCAAACUGAACAAAAUAGAAGUUCCCUCCCCAGUGUAAAUGGCAUGUGGGGAGGGAUCCAGACUGGGAACACAGAUUGGUAGCACAGUGGGGAGAAAGGGUUUGGUGGCUCACACUGGCAAAGUGUGGUAAAACAUACAUACAAUAAAAAAAGUGGCAGUUAAUGGUAGAGAGGUGUAUUUAUAGCACCAUACAUUUAAAGCACACACCCCUCCCUCCCCCGAAUUUAGGAAACUGUAGUUUGCUAAGGGUGUGGGGAAUUGUAGCUCUCUGAGGGGUAAACUACAGUUCCCAUGAUUCUUUGAGGGGCGCUUAAAAUGUAUGGUGUGUAUGCAACCAUUGAAUUCAGUCUCUGGCAGAAGUCUCUGUGUGACAUCAUUAGAGAGAAUCAGUAUGGAUUCUGAAAAAUAAAAAUAAAGCUGUCUAGUUUUCUCAACAGCAAAAUAAUUAAAUCUGGGUUUUGUUUUUGCUUUUCUAGAGUUCCAAGCACUGGUUACAAGCAAGUGAUCAAGUGGAAGACCAAGCUAUUGUAUUGUAAAACACUAUUUCUUAUUGCAAAUCUACUAUUUAUUUAUACAUUUUAUACAGUUAAAUGGCAUUGACAGUUGCCAAUAUAUUGUUUCUUAUUGUUAGAGGACUUUGUUAAACUCCCAAUGCGCUGUUUGAUCUUUCUUAUUGUCUGGUGUCACAAAUUCGUAGUUAAAGGAGGUCUGCAUCAAACAGAGACAAAGUUGGAAUCUAAGGAGAAGAACUUCGAACUUUUAUGUUUCACUUGCAGUAGGCGCUAGUAGGAACACUCAAUAAAUGUGAGAUUUUAAAGAGAUCUCUGGAUCAAAAGUUAACCAACAUCAAUCUUCCUUCCAAUAGAGGUAUAUGAAAUGACAAUGGGAGAAUCAUGUUGAUUUUUGUUUAUGUUUAAACAAAAAUGUUUAAAGAGAAUGUUUAAACUGGUCCUUGCCUUAACACAACCAGCUUCAUUAAAUGCCUUGCUGUAGUUAACUCUGGUGGAAUUGUUCAUUUGUACAUAUAAAGAGACUUCAUCAUUCACAAAUUAGGGAAUCGUUCUUUGCUUGUUUAACUUAUGUUGUUAAGUUUCCCUUCUUUCUUUUGUACAUUGCGAAUGU